GAGAAACUACAGUUCAGACAAUUACUAGGACGUCGUCGAAAGCUGGAACAACUAAAGUUAGCACUGCCGCAGUUCCUACUGGAAAUUCAGGAGAAACUACAGUAACCACGACAAAUAAUCCGGAAGUAUCUUCAACUGUAAUUACAAUAACGAAGACUCUUGGAUCAGGAGAAACUACAGUUCAGACAAUUACUAAGACGCCGAAAGCUGGAACAACCAAAAUUAGCACUGCCACAGUUCCCACUGGAAAUUCAGGAGAAACUACAGUAAUCACGAAAAAUAAUCCGGAAGCAUGUACAACUGUAAUUACAAUAACGAAGACUCUUGGAUCAGGAGAAACUACUGUUCAGACGAUUACUAGUACAAUUAAGGCGUCGACAACUGGAUCAGAAGCAACUACUAUUACAAAACCAAACAAUCCGCAAGCAUCGAAAACUGGAGAAUCAAAAGGAUCAGAAGCAACUGCAAUUAACAAACCAAACAAUCCAUCUGAACGAACAUUCACUGCUACCCAAUUGAUAACCAAUGGCACCUCACAAUUCGGUCCGCUUAUCGAAGGUGCUGCAGUAAAUGAGAAGGGUGAAUUAUAUGCAGUCGAUUUCCAAUAUGAGGUUUUCCAACUUGGAAAAGCUUAUCCUACCCAAGAAUUGUUCUUCAGAGGAGAAAAUAUGAGUUGGUUCAAUUCUAUCAGAUUCCUUCCUUCAAAGAAUAAGAACGAACAAAUCGCAUUAACUGGUGAUGUACAACAACAUCGCGUAUUGAAACUAGUAAAAAGUGGAAAAAGGAUAAGACAAUCUGUGUUCUGUGAAGAUAAGCGUAUGGUUCAACCAAAUGACUUGGCUGUGACUACGUCUGGUCGUGUUUAUCUUUCUGGGCAGAGGUUUACCAACGAUACUAAAAUAGGUGAUGGUGAUUUAUGGCUAUGCGAUGGAAAAUCAACUAAAGCUAUCAGAUUAGGCGUUUUUGGUCGUACAAAUGGAAUUGAAGUUUCACCCGACGAAAAAUAUCUCUACUUAUCGGAAGCAUUCAACAAAAACGGAAUAGUAAUCUCCAACAAAAUUCUUCGUUUCAAAUUAGACCAAGAAACUGGCAUGACAAUCGGAAAACCAGAUAUUUUCGUUGACUUUGCAAAACUCGAUCAAACCCAAAACAUUGACAUUGAUGGCAUGCGCACCGACAUCAGAGGAAAUCUUUACGUCACUCGUAAUGGAGGCGGUGAAGUGAAACAAUUCUCACCAACUGGCAAACUAUUGGCCACAAUUAAAACAAGUAUGAGAUAUGUGACUAAUCUCGAAUUUGGUGGUCAAAACGGCACAGAUUUGUAUAUUGUUGGUAAAUGUGAAUGUGAAAAUCCAGCCGGUUGUGUUGAUGUUUUCAAAGGUUUCAGCAGUUUAAAAUAUUUUUAUUUUCGACGUGCUCUGCAAUGUUGUAUUUGUUGGAUUAAUUCUUCGAAAAUACCAUUAAUGGUUUGA